CUCUAUCUGCUGCUUCUAUCCAUUUGAAAUAAACAGACAUGGCAGCUACUGCGGCGCCAGAUCUCCCCCAGACGGAGCGAGUCGCGCCCGACCUCAAGCCCCAGCAGCUCUCCUUCCCACUGCCCAGAGCUUUACAUACAACAGGGCAUGUACACUUGACCUUCCUGGAUCAUUGUAUCAUGGCCUUCUUGACUACAUCGACUCCUGGUGACUCGGCAGGCACUGUCAAGCCGCUGGGGAGCUUUGUUUAUGCCAUGCCUGAUCGCACGUCGUCAAACUCAACAAUAGCUACCACAAUCUACACAUCCGCGUCAAGUAUCGAAUACACGACACGAGUGGCCAAGAUCGUCGCUCGGCGGACCAAGAAGCCCGUUUAUGUUGGAUGCAGCAUUGACCCCAACGGACUCGGCUUGCAAGUCGAGGAAGAAAUGGAGGGCCUGAGGAAGAUUGUGGACUUGAUUGUGGAGAAGUUUGAGUCACAGCAGAAGCAGUAG